AACAAAAAAACAUACCCGUCGAAUAUGGGAAAUAAAGUUGUUACAUUUACCGAACAGCAAUUGGAUGAUUAUCAGGAUUGUACAUUUUUCACACGCAAAGAGAUAUUACGUGUCCACAAAAGAUUUCGUGAAUUACGACCAGAUUUAGUGCCCCGCCAAAUGACCGAGGGUCAGGCGUCUAGUGUCAAAGUACCGCGCGAAUGUAUUGAGAAAAUGCCCGAACUCAAAGAGAAUCCAUUUCGCAGACGCAUUUGUGAGGCUUUUUCUCGUGACGGCCAGGGAAAUCUAUCGUUUGAGGAUUUCUUGGAUGCAUUUUCGGUAUUUAGCGAACAGGCGCCAAGGGAUAUAAAAGUCUUCUAUGCCUUUAAAAUAUAUGAUUUCGAUCAAGAUGGCUUCAUUGGACGUGCUGACCUUCUGUGUAGCUUGACCACAAUGACCAAAAAUGAAUUAAGCCCUGAGGAGCAUCAACAAAUUGCCGAUAAGGUUUUGGAGGAGGCUGAUGUCGAUGGCGAUGGCAAAUUGUCAUUUCUCGAAUUCGAGCAUGUCAUUUUACGUGCACCCGAUUUCCUUUCAACAUUUCACAUAAGGAUUUAAUUGU